AACGGUGAAAUCUGUCCGACAGGAAAAAAACGGCACCAAUGAAGCCGAUUUAAGAAGUUUCACUGCUUGUUAAGUUUUAUUUGUAGAUCUCUAUGUGUUAUAUCAAAUUAAUGUUGACUCAAUCUUGACAAAAAUGAAUAUUCAAAUAAAAAUGACUGUGAAACUAGUUUUCUGGAUGUCUGCUGUGUCUUUACUGGCAGCUGCAGCAGCAGCAGAUGACAUGUUGAACAUACCAGGAGGAAACAUGUUGAUGGGAACCAGUGCAGCUGAUGGGAGAGAUGGAGAAUCUCCCACCAAGGAGGUUAAACUGCAGCCUUUCAAAAUAGACAAAUACCCUGUCACAAAUGCUGACUUCAGAGACUUUGUGAGAGCGCAGAAGUACAAAACUGAAGCCGAGACGUUUGGUUGGAGUUUUGUGUUUCAAGACUUUGUAUCAGAAGAGUUGAAGAGCAAAGUCACACAGAGAAUAGAGUCUGCUCCUUGGUGGUUGCCAAUAGAACGUGUGUUCUGGAGACAACCCGCAGGUCCUGGUUCAGGCAUUCGGGAGCGCCUGGACUUCCCGGUGGUUCAGGUGAGCUGGAAUGAUGCUCAGGCGUUUUGUCAGUGGAAGGAGAAGAGACUUCCGACGGAGGAGGAGUGGGAGUGGGCUGCACGCGGGGGGCUGCAAGGUCGGACUUAUCCGUGGGGAAACAAGUUCCAGGCCAACAGAACCAACCUGUGGCAGGGGUUGUUUCCAGAUGGAGACACUGCAGAGGAUGGAUACCAUGGCGUCUCCCCCGUCACAGCCUUUCCUCCUCAGAACAGUUAUGGAGUGUACGACAUGAUGGGAAACACAUGGGAGUGGACAUCCACCCGUUUCCCAGGAGCACAACCAAUGUACGUGUUGCGUGGUGCCUCGUGGAUCGACACAGCGGACGGUUCAGCCAAUCACAAGGCACGAAUCACAACCAGGAUGGGCAACACUCCCGACUCUGCCUCUGAUAACCUGGGGUUCAGAUGUGCUACCAGCGACGGGCAGAAACAAGGGAAGAAGAAAGAUAAAACAGAACUGUAGCAACAAACAGGAAGUUAAACAUAUUAAGUGAAGGACAAUAAUGAUAAUUUAAACCAAAGAGGAUUCAGAUGAGAUUGACGGACUGAUGACUUUCAAGUUGACAAA